GGUACCCUGGAGGAUCAAAUCAUUCAGGCUAACCCUGCUCUGGAGGCUUUUGGGAAUGCCAAGACAAUCAGGAAUGACAACUCCUCUAGAUUUGGUAAAUUUAUCCGCAUUCAUUUUGAUAACCGAGGAAAGCUGGCAUCUGCUGAUAUUGAAACUUACCUUUUGGAGAAGUCUCGUGUGACCUUCCAGCUCAAAGCUGAGAGGGACUACCACAUUUUCUACCAGAUCUUGUCUCAGGCAAAGCCUGAACUUCUGGAAAUGUUGCUCAUUACCAACAACCCCUAUGACUAUGCCUUCAUCUCCCAGGGAGAGACGACAGUAGCCUCUAUCAAUGAUUCUGAAGAGCUGAUGGCCACUGAUGAUGCCUUUGAUGUGCUGGGCUUCACUCAAGAAGAGAAGAAUGGCAUUUACAAGCUGACUGGUGCCAUCAUGCAUCAUGGCAAUAUGAAGUUCAAGCAGAAGCAGCGAGAAGAGCAGGCCGAGGCUGAUGGCACUGAAGUUGCUGACAAAGUUGCGUAUCUGAUGGGCCUGAACUCUGCUGACCUUGUCAAAGGUCUGUGUCACCCAAAAGUCAAAGUAGGAAAUGAGUGGGUCACCAAGGGACAAAAUGUUGCUCAGGUGUACUAUGCAGUUGGUGCACUGUCUAAGGCAGUGUAUGAGAGGAUGUUUCUGUGGAUGGUGGUGAGAAUUAACCAAUCCCUGGACACCAA